UUUAUUGAAAUUAACGGACCCUUUAUUUGUAUUUGGUUUCCCACACGACAGUUUUGCCACUCGUCUUCUUCUGCCCUUCAACAGACCAACUCUUUCUCUCUCUACGUUUUCCUGAUCAAAUCCAUUUCUCCCUCUCAAAAUCGUAUUUAGAAGCUGAACAUUCUCGGGGGUCGUUUACUAGAAGAAAUGGUGGAUUUUGGGGAAGAUUUUAUAAUAGAGAGCUAUAAAAUCCCAUGGCUAAUUUGGAUCCAACUUCUUAUUACGAUUCUUCUUGUUUUCUGCCUCUUUUUUGGCUUCGCCGCCUUCACUUACGACGCUUCUACUAGUUCCGCCGCCGCUGCGCCGUCAGUUGGUGGCGACGCCGCCCCGAACAACUCCACUUCUCCAAACGGAUUAAUUACGGUGGAAGACGAGAGGGCCGGAGGCGAUGCAGGAAGCAGUGGAGGGUCAAGCAGAGAAGAGGAUGAGUUGUCUCUAAAGGAUACCGUGUUUCUGAGCAUUUUCCAACAUCCAAGCCACCCUUGCAACUACUUUGGGAUGGCGAAGCAAGCUCUUUUCAAGUGUUUCGGGUUAGAUUCUAGCUCCGAGAGCUCCAUAAGCCAACAACAUGAGAAACGUGAUUGACUUAGGUUUGAGCAGCCCCUUUCUUGUAUGCAAACAGAUGCACACAAGGAAAAAUCACUCAGGAUCUAGUGCAAAAUUACUAGUUUCUAAAACUGUGUUUUGUGACUCUGUGCAUUGCAGAAGAUGCUUUAUCA